AUGGGGACAGAAUCUGCAGGGAGAUUAAAGGCUUCAAAGAAAAAGCUAAAUAGAGAAGGAUGUUGGGACAAAGAACAGAUACAAAAAAGUAUAGAUGAACUGUCGAAGAAAUUAGGAGAUUCAGGUAGUUCUGUAUCUAGGUCAAAGAGAAAGAGAAUUCUCGCACGAUUAAUAGUACUAAAGAAAGGUUUAAAUGGUCAAGUUAAAGUAGGAGGUCAAAUAUCAAGAAGUAAUAAAACAAUUAGAAGAUUAAACAAAAAUAAAAAUAAACAUGGAGUACUGGCAAAACAAGAUAGAAACUGUAAUAGAAAUUUAGUUUGUUUGUGUUGUAGAAAGAAGGGUCAUAUGAUGGCUGACUGUAGAAAAUAUAAAGACAAUAACUUAGAUAGAGAAUCUGAAUCUAAAACAUUACCAAAUAACAAACAAUUACAUAAAUGCUUCAAUUGUGGUGAAGAAGGUCACACACUUAGAGAUUGCAAGAAGUCACGUAUUGAUGAUUCAGUAUUACCAUUUGCUAGCUGUUUCAAAUGUGGAGAAUAUGGACAUAUAGUGGCAUAUUGUUCACAAAAUGAUAUUGGCUCAGUAUAUCCUAAGGGUGGCUCUUGUAAUAUCUGUGGAUCAGUAAAACACUUAGCAAAAAAUUGUGAUAAAGGAAAGAAACCAAAGAAGGCUGGAAAUAAUACUUUGCCUACUUCAAAUAUAUAUACUGAUAUUAACAAGCACGAUGACCCCGACUUAAUGUGGAAUAUUUAG